AUGAAGUGGUUAUCAUUCAAUGACCCGGAUUUUUGCCUUCCACGGAAUCAAAUGAGUUUCAUCCAAGCCUCGAUUCUACGCAGCGACAAGGAGAACGACAUCUACGUCCCACUGGUCGGUGGUCUUCUUAUGUUCUACAUUUCAAUAACUUUUCAACGUGGAAAUAUUGUGAUGAGAUGCUUUGCAAUCGCUGAUCUUACUGUAGCCAUUCUUCGUUUUUGUCAUUUGGAAUUCUGUUAA